UAAAGCGCUGGAUUCCAUUAGUCUUCGAAGGAACGUAAGCAGAAGAAGAAGAAAAGGAAGAAUGAAGACCUCCGCCGUUUUUUUGCUCGCCCUUGUGGCCUCCACCAUGGCCGUGCCUCAUCACUCCAACAUGAAGGCUCUGAGCCAGGCCAGAAUCGACGUGUUCUGUGACAUCUGCCAGGUCCUCAUCCAAGACUUGGACGACUUCAUCACCGACGACACCACUGAAGGAGACAUCCUUGGAUUCUUGGAAAACAUCUGCGUCCCCCUUGGCCUCAUUGGUUUGGAGGACAUUUGCCGUAGCUUCAUCGAAGAGUAUGGACCUGAUAUCAUCGACCAACUCGUCAACGAGAACCUCUCGCCCAGUCUCCUUUGCGGACCCCAAGGCUUGGGAAUUUGCGAUGCUUAAAACCGAUCUUUGGAUCCAAGAAUUGAUGCGCGUUCACGGGGAAAUUCUUGCCAUAAUGAUAGUUGUCAUCCAAAUAUUAGUGAUCGAACAGUUUAUUCAUUCCACCAACUCUAAAGGAUUGAAAAACUUUUAGUCAAUUUCCCAAUUUGUGGUAAAUAAAGUGAAGUGGUAAACAUCA